CGCUUUAAUUGCCAACAAUUUUUUUUUUUUUUUUUCAUUUUUCAAGAUCACUCUCUCUCUCUCUCUCUCUCUCUCUCUCUCUCUCUCUCUCUGUUUCUCUCUCUUCGUCGGCCAUGGCCAUGGAGCACAGGACCUUAGAAAUCAACGAAAUCUCUGCAAAAGAUCUGCAAGACGUGAACCUCUUCUCCAAGAUGGACGUGUACGUCGUCGUUUCGAUCUCCGGCGACCGUGGCACGGAGCAGAAGACCCCCGUCGACAGAGCCGCCGGCAAGAACCCCACCUGGAAGCACCACAUCAAGUUCGCCGUCGACAAGUCCUCCGCCGCGUUGAUCGUCUUCCGCCUCCGCUGCGACCGCGCCCUCGGCGACAAGGAUAUCGGAGAAGUCAACGUGCCGGUCAAAGAGCUCUUCGCCGCGGCCAAGGACGGCGGCAAAGCUCCCCAGUUCGUCAGCUACCAGGUCAGAAAGCCGUCGGGAAAGCCCAAGGGGGUGCUGUCUUUCUCUUACAAAAUCGGCGACAAAGCCCCCGUCGUCGCCCCCACCGCCGCCGCCGCCGCCGUCGCCGCUGCAACAAAAGGGGAUGAGCCCGUUACUGCUUAUCCGGUGCCCAGCGUUGGACCCAGUACGGCGUAUGCGCCCCCGCCGCCGAUGGCAGCGCCGGGGCUGUAUCCCCCACCGCCGGGAGGAUACCCACCUCCUCCUCCGCCGGUGGCGGCGGGGUACGGGUACCCGCCGCAGGGAGUGUAUCCACCGCCAGCGGGUUAUGGGUAUCCACCGCCAGCGGGUUAUGGGUAUCCACCGCAGCCGAAUCACGGAUACGGGCCGAGUUACGGGCCUGGCUACCCGCCCGUUCAGCAGCCGCAGAAGAAGAAUAAGUUUGGGAUGGGUUUGGGAGCCGGGUUGCUGGGAGGAGCAGUAGGAGGACUGCUGAUAGGGGACAUGGUGUCGGAUUCUUAUGAUUCCGGGUAUGAUGCCGGGUUUGGUGAUUCGGGUGGGUUUGGUUUUUGAAUUUUCUUUUUUUUUUAAAUGAGAUUUGGACUUUAAAGUGAAAUAAAAUAAAAUAUAAUAUAAUCUUGAAUUAAAUUUAA